AUUAUAUAUCGCCACGGGAGCUGCACCACCACCCCUCAAAUACUCAGGCACAGGGCAGGGGGCUCUCACUUGGUCCGGUGUCCUUCACCCCGGCCGGCAGCGCUAGCUAGUACGUGCAUGCAAGUGCCCUUCCAAGCGCGCGCCUCCAAACCACCCUAUCUCCACCUCCACCUCCACACCCACAUUAGUUUGGUUUCGCGUACACGUUCCGUGUCACUAGCUGGGUAGCUUCAACGUACUCCAAAGCGGUGGUGUGCGGAGUUAGCUUGAAGAUGAGCAGGAACAAUGGCAAGGGGCCGAAGCUGGACCUGAGGCUGAGCUUCUCGCGGUCACGCGGCGGCGGCGGCGGCGGCGGCGGCGGAGGGGGUCCAUCGGCUGCGCCGCCGGGAGGCAGCAACUCGCCGAGGAGGAUGUCUUCGUCGUCUUCUUCCUCGGCAUCCCCGCCGAGCUCGUGCGUGUCGUCGGAGGGGAGCCCGGAGGCUGGCGGGGGCAGUGGUGGCUCGGCGAUGAUCCUCGCGGGCUGCCCCCGGUGCAUGAUGUACGUGAUGCUGUCGCGGGAGGACCCCAAGUGCCCCAAGUGCCAGAGCACAGUGCUCCUCGACUUCAACGACGUGGGCGCCGACCACCGCAACCCAGGGUUCGGCUCCGGCAAGGUCGGCAAGGGCAAGCGCGGCUGAACCGACCGGCCGGGCUUCUUCGAUCUAGAUGCUUAGCCGUCGUGUCGUCGAUCGCCUAGCUGCCGUCCUCUUUAGUUUCUCAUCAAUCGUGUGCGUGCGUGUUCGUUGGUGUUGGUGUGUGCGUGCGUGCGAGUUGGGUCAAGAAGAAAGGAAUUAUUCCGUAGACCCGUCCCUUCCAUGGACUAGCUAGUGGGACGCCGGGGUGCCCAUGGAACGGGUCUAGGUAAUAAUUUCAUCUGUUGUGUGAGUCGUGACUUCGUGCGUUUGUAGUACGGGGCAGUACUGGCAAGGAUUAAGAUUUUGUCUCUGAGGUUUUA